GACUUCGUGCCUUCACAGUGAGCUUGAUGUAUAAGGACGGUAAUCGACAUCUAAAUUCCGAUACAUUACAUGCCGACGCUCACUCGGCUACCUGUUGCAUUGGUAGACAUUUCACUGGGAAAGUUGCUCAUUUCAACAGUCGUGUUGAUGUGUUCUUCAGAAACCAUGUCGGAUACCUGCAGCGAUGACAAGCGACCAGGAGCCUCCUCUAGAAGGAGUAACAAACCACUCAUGGAAAAAAGACGGCGAGCUCGGAUAAAUGAGUGCCUUGGACAGCUGAAAUCCCUCGUCCUACAGGCUCUCAAGAAAGAUAGCACCCAAUAUUCCAAACUUGAAAAGGCUGACAUCCUGGAGAUGACUGUAAAACACCUGAAGCUCCUCCAGCGACAACAACUAGCAGCGGCCAUGUCUUCCGACCCGUUCCUCAUGGGCAAAUAUCGAGCAGGAUUUAACGAAUGUGCAGGCGAAGUCGCCAGAUACCUUGAUGCUGUCAGCGUCAACCAUGACGUCAAGUCACGUGUUCUGAACCACCUUGCCAACUGUGUGUCUCAGAUCCCCCCGGAGGCCCAGAUCCACCCCGCCCACCUACAAGCCCUCAACGUCAUCCCCCAGGCCAGCCAGCCUGCUUUCCCCAUCAAUAGCCUGGGUCCCUGCACCCCCGUCUGGAACAUCGUCCCCGCCUCUGUCACUCACCAGGUCCACAGCCAGAAUCCUCAUAUAAACGUUUCCCCAUAUUCCAAAAUGGAUAGGCCAAGGUUUACACCGUCUCCUGAGAGUAGGUCUCUCCCAGACAGCCGCUCAUCCCCAGACUCAUCGCCUGUGUCUUCCCCGGAUUCUAAGAGUGACAUUGACCUCUCCUCAAGACGUCAGUAUGAAACGUUUACGUCACCACGCGUUUCUGCUUCGCCAUCUUUGAUUUCCGUGAAACGGGAAAGGGAAACAACUCCGCCCCGACAAGAACUUGAACAUCAUUUGGAAGUCGAGGGUGAUAAAAUGUGGCGGCCUUGGUGAUGGACUCUAUAAAACACGAUCACAGACUUUAUAUAUAGGGUAUAUCUCUGCAGGGAGGUUAACGUCUUUCACUUCAGUGAUAUCAUUGUCACACACUCACGUGCCUUGCAUAUCCGUGAUAUCAUAUUGUAUCAUAUGUGCGUCUUGUAUAUCACAUUGUCACACCUAAUUUGUCACUGUGUCACGGUGACUUAAACAUCAUCCCUGAUAUCACCGUGUAGCACAUAAGUGACUUACAUGUCACUGUGUCACUCGGUGUUUUUUUUUAUCCGUGAUAUCACUGUGUCUCACAAAAGUGCCUUGUUUAUCCGUGAUAUCACUGUCACACGCAAGUGCCCUGUAUAUCCGUGACAUCACCUUCGCACAUCGUGCCCUGUAUAUCCGUGACAUCACCUUCGCACAUCGUGCCUUUUAUAUCCGUGAUAUCCAUCAAUUCCAUAUGUUCACGUGUUCCGUAUAUAUUGGUGACGUCACUGUUAUUUCCACUGACCAGCACGUGAUUGUUGACUCUAUGGCAAGUGAAUAUUCCAAGUGCUCUCUGGGUGGAAACUCAGAUAAUUGUGUCAAAUUAAACCACGUUUUGAAAAAAAA